AGCAGCCCCCCUGUUAAGUAGCAGAUCGUGUGGAGAGUCUUCCCACUUGGAAAGAGGCUCACCGACGCGUCUGGGAACCACAAAAAAAACACCAAAAAAAACCCCACCGCUGGAGCUCUCUUUGACUUCAGCACACCGGACCACCUCACUCUCCCUUUUCUCAGGUUGGGGGUCUACAACAGAGACUUUAACCUUUUUUUCAUUUUGAUUUCUUGAAACAAAACCAAAGAAAUUCGACUCUAUAGCUUCAUUCAUGUGCUGCUGAGCCAGAGGAGCUGAAGAUGAAGAGCAGACUGUCUCUGUUGGCGGCUGCCCUCCUGGCACUGCUGCUGUCCUCCCAGGCCCAGGGUCAAGUUGACCCUCCGACAGCGUUAAGGUUUAAGAUUUUAAAUGAGAACACAGUGCAAAUGAUCUGGAGCAAACCACAGUCGAGGAUACAGGGCUACAGAAUACAAGUGACCUCAGACACAGAUGAACCAGCAAAAGAAUUUACUCUGCCUGCAUCUGCGACUAAGACCUCUAUCUCAGACCUGAGUCCAGAUGUGGAUUAUGCCGUAACGAUAUCUGCGUACGCUGGAUCGGAGGAGAGUCUGCCCGUCUCCGGCCAGCUCACACAGGUGGGACCUCCUGAGGACCUGGUCACCAGCGACGUGACCGACUCCAGCUUCGCAGCGUCGUGGACGGCGGCGCCCGGGAACGUGAAGAUGUAUCGGGUCCGAUGGCGGUCGCUGGUCUCGGGGGAGACCAGAGAGAAAACGGUGCCGGGAGACGUGACCGACACCGUGCUGGACGGUCUGAGUCCAGAGACGCUCUACCAGGUUUCUGUGGUCGCCGCCUACGAUCAGAAAGACGGCGAGCCGCUCGCCGGACAGCAAACCACCAACGCUUCUGCUGCCGCCAAAAAGUUGACCGUGUCGGACGAGACCGAGCGAAGCAUGAAAGUCUCGUGGACGCCGGCGCCGGGCAAGGUGGCCCACUACCGGCUGAAGUACUUCCCCAUCGGUGGAGGGAAAGAAGUGGCCCUCAAGGUCCCCGGGACGACCACCUCCACCGUCAUGAAGCGCCUGCAGCCCACCACCACCUACAACAUCACCGUUCACCCCAUCUACAAGCGCGGGGAAGGAAAAGCAAGGCAAGGAGUAGGAACGACACUGUCGCCCUUCAAGGCUCCCAGGAACCUCCAGACCUCAGAGCCCACCAAGACCAGCUUCAGGGUCUCCUGGGAUCCGGCACCCGGUCAGGUCCGGGGCUACAAAGUCAGCUUUCACCCCGAUGGGAAUGAUAUCGACCUGGGCGAGCUCCUGGUCGGGCCCUACGACAACACAGUGGUCCUAGAGGAACUUAGGGCCGGAACAAAGUACUCUGUCGCCGUGUCCGGGAUGUUUGACGGAGGGGAGAGUAUGCCUCUGGCAGGAGAGGAGAAGACCACCCUCAGGGACGCCCCCGAGCCGCCUUCUGUCGACCCCUCUGACCUUCAGUGUAAGACCACAGCGAAGGCCGACAUCGUGCUGCUGGUCGACGGCUCCUGGAGCAUCGGACGCAUCAACUUCAAGACCAUCCGCAACUUCAUCGCUCGCAUGGUCAGCGUGUUCAACGUCGGGCCCGACAGAGUGCAGAUUGGUCUGGCUCAGUACAGCGGAGACCCAAAGACCGAGUGGCACCUGAACGCCCACCCGACCAAGGCGUCCCUGCUGGAUGCCAUCUCCAACCUGCCGUACAAAGGAGGCAACACCAUGACAGGGUUGGCAUUGAGCUACAUCAUGCAGAACAACUUCAAAAUCAGCGUGGGGAUGCGUCCCAACGCCCGAAAGAUCGGCAUUCUGAUCACUGACGGAAAGUCGCAGGACGAAAUCAUCUCCACGUCGAGGAGCCUGAAAGAUAACGACAUCGAGCUCUACGCCAUCGGCGUGAAGAACGCAGACGAGAACGAGCUGAGGUCGAUCGCCUCCGACCCCGAAGAGAUUCACAUGUACAACGUGAAGGACUUCAAGUUCAUGGUGGACAUCAUCGACGACCUCACCAUCAACCUGUGUAACAGCGUCAAAGGCCCGGAAGGAGAGCUGGAGGCGCCCACCGACCUGGUGACCUCGGAGGUGACCCACCACUCCUUCCGUGCCACCUGGACGGCGCCCGCCGGCCCCGUGGACACAUACCGCGUCACCUACACGAUGGUGGCCGGGGGGCCCACCCAGGAGCUGCUGGUGGACGGCUCGGUGAACACGGCGGUGCUGGAGGGCCUGAACCAUCUGACCGAGUACGUGGUCAACGUCUACUCCGUGGUCGGCGAGGAGAGCAGCGAGCCUCUGAAGGGCACCGAGACCACCUUGCGGCUGUCAGCAGUGACCAACAUGAACGUUUACGACGAGACCUCCAGCACCAUGAGGGUGAGGUGGGACCAGGCGGGCGGAGCCACCGGCUACAUGCUGCUGUACAAAUCCAUCAACGCCACCGAGCCUCAGCUGGAGAACGAGGUUCGUGUUGGAGGAGAUGUAUCUGACGUCCAGCUGGUGCAGCUGAUCCCCAACACACAGUACUCCAUCUCUCUUUAUGCGCUGUAUGGUGAAGCUGUCAGCGAGCCAAAGGAGGGAAGAGGAGUCACCCUGCCUGUUCUUCCUGCCGGAGUCCUGAGGAUCACCGACGUCACUCACAGCACCAUGAGGCUCAGGUGGGACGCCGCUCCCGGAGCCGUCCGCAAGUACAUGAUCACCUACAAGCCAGAUGAAGGAGACCUGAAGGAGGGCGAAGUCAAUGGCGACAUCACCACCAUGGACCUGUCCAGCCUCAUCUCCCAGACCGAGUACGACGUGGCCGUCACCCCGAUCUACGACGAGGGACCCGGAGCCCCGAUGCUUGGAACCGCCAUCACAGAUGUCGUUCCUGCUCCCAAGAACCUGCAGUUCUCUGAGGUGACCCAGACCUCGUUCAGGGCCACAUGGCAGCACGGGGCCCCGGACGUGGCCCUCUACCGCAUCAGCUGGACCAAGAAGGGGGAGCAGGAUGCUCUGUUUGCCAUUAAGAACAACGACAACAUCUCCCACGUCCUGCCAGACUUGGACCCGGACACCGAAUACUUCGUCACCGUCACGGCCAUCUACCCCGACGAGUCGGAGAGCGAGGACCUGAUGGGAAGCGAGCGCACGUUGUUGAAGGCUCCGGAUGUGCCGGCUCAGCCUCCUCGGAACUUGAGGGUUUUCAACGCCACCACAUCGGCGCUGACGGUGAAGUGGGACGCCGCCCCCGGCGCCGUCCAGAACUACAAGAUCACCUACAAGCCCGUCGCUGGAGGCGAGCCUCUCACAAUGCAGGUCGGAGGGAAGAAGACCAGCGUCAUCCUGCAGAAGCUGGAGGCCGACACCAAAUACUCCGUCACCGUGGCCGCCGUGUACCCCACCGGGGUCAGCAGAGACAUCAGCGGGGAAGGACAAACCAAGCCUCUGGGCGGAGUGAGGAACCUGCAGGUGUUGAACCCCACCAUGACCACGCUGAACGUGCGCUGGGAGCCCGCCGAGGGCCGAGUGAAGGAGUACAAAGUCCUUUAUGUUCCCGCCACUGGAGGAGCCGAGAGCACGGAAACAGUGUCUGCAGGAACAACCAACACCAUCCUGAGAGGCUUGCAGCCCGACACCCUCUACAGCGUCUCUCUGGUGCCGGUUUACGCUGUCGGGGACGGAAAGACGAUGUCUGAGAACGGAAAGACGAGGCCACUGGGAGGAGUGAAGAACCUGCGGGUGACGGACCCCACCAUGACCUCUCUGACUGUGAACUGGGACCCGGCUGACGGAGCCGUUCGCCUGUACAAGGUCUUCUUUGUGCCGGCUGCUGGUGGCCGAGAGGAGAUGGAACAAGUUCCUGCAGGCACCACCAACAUCAUCCUCAGGAACCUGAUGCCCGACACGCCGUACACGGUGUCGGUGUUACCGGUCUACCCAGCCAGGGAGGGAAGACGGCAGGCGGAGAACGGAAAGACACUGCCUUUGGGCGGAGUGGGCAACAUGAAGGUGACCAGCCCGACCAUCACCACGCUCACCGUCACCUGGAAUCCUGCUGAUGGCAACGUUCAGGGCUACAAAGUGAUCUACGUUCCUGUAGACGGAGGGAUGGAGAUCGUGGAGCAAGUGUCGGAGAGCACCACCACAACCGUCCUGGAGAAGCUGCUACCGAACACCCGCUACACCGUCACCGUGGUCCCCGUCUACGCCGAGGGAGACGGACCCAGUCUGACCGACGACGGGAAGACGAAGCCGCUGGGUUUUGCGAGGAACCUGCAGGUGACCGAUCCCACCACCAGCACCCUGAACGUCCGCUGGGAGCCCGCCGAGGGGAAUGUACGCGAGUACAUCGUGAGCUGGGUGCCGGCUGCCGGAGGAGAGCAGGAUGUGGACCAGGUGUCUGGAACCACCACCUCCACCGUCCUGAAGAACCUGGAGCCCAACACCGAGUACACCGUCACCGUCGUGCCGGUCUACGAAGAGAUGGAGGGACAGUCGCAGUCGGAAAACGGGAAGACGAAUCCUUUGGGCGGAGUGAAGAACCUGCAGGUGAUCGACCCGACCACCAGCACGCUGACGGCCCGCUGGGAUCCAGCGGUUGGCAACGUCCGCACCUACAAGGUCUUCUACGCUGCUCAACCAGGAGGAGAACAACGAAUGGAGGAGGUGUCAGGUGGCACCACCACCACCAUCCUCAGGAACCUGGAAUCAGACACCGUCUACGAUGUGGCCGUUGUUCCCGUCUACCCGGACGUGGAGGGCAUUCGGCAGGCGGAGACGGGAAAGACAAAGCCUCUGGGUGGAGUGAAGAACCUUCAGGUGACCGACCCCACCACCAACUCUCUCAGGCUCCGCUGGGAGCCAGCCGAGGGCGACGUCAGGCAGUACCAAAUCAUCUACGUGCCCACCGGAGGAGGAGCCGAGAGCAUGACUCAGGUGUCUGGAAUGUCGACCAACACGGUGCUGAGAGACCUUCGGCCGGACACCGAGUACAAAGUGACGCUGGUGCCCGUUUACUCUGACGUGGAAGGGAAGCGCAUGUCGGAGAACGGAAAGACAAGGGCUCUGGGCGGAGUGAAGAAUCUGCAGGUCACUGAUCCCACCACCAGCUCCCUCAAGGUGCGCUGGGAGCCGGCGGAGGGCAACGUCCGCCAGUAUCGCCUCUUCUAUGUUCCUUCAGCAGGAGGAGCCGAGGACAUGGAGCAGGUGUCAGGCGGCACCACCAACACCGUCCUGAGGAACCUGCUGUCGGACACGCCCUACACUGUGACCGUGGUGCCAGUCUACCCAGAGGGAGAAGGUCUGCGCCAGUCCGACGACGGAAAGACACUCCCACGCACGCCACCCAGGAACGUCCAGGUGUACAACCCCAGCGCCAACAGCCUGAACGUGCGCUGGGAGCCCGCCUCGGGCCAGGUUCAGCAGUACCGGGUGGCGUACUCCUCCCUGAGCGGAGUUAAACCCGCUGAGUCGGUCCUGGUUCCAGGGAACGUUAACAACGCCUUCCUGGACAACCUGAUCCCAGACACUCCCUAUUCAGUGAGCGUCGCGGCUCUGUAUGCCGACGGAGAGGGAUCGCCGGUCAAAGACAACGGCAGAACACUGCCGCGUGCCGGUCCCAGGAACAUGCGUGUGUUUGACGCCACCACCAGCACCCUCACCAUCGGCUGGGACCACGCAGAGGGACCCAUGAGGCAGUACAGGAUCGCCUACGCCCCCAUGACCGGAGACCCCAUCACUGAGUUUACUGUGGUUCCAGGGAACAGAAACAACGCCAUGCUGCAGAAUCUGCUCCCCGACACCCCGUACAACAUCACUGUGGAGGCCAUCUACACCGAGGGUCCCGGAGGGUCCCUCAAUGGAAACGGACGCACAGUGGGGAUGCUGAGUCCCAGGAACCUCCGAGUCUCCGAUGAGUGGUACACCAGGUUCAGGGUGGCCUGGGACCCGGUGGGAGCUCCGGUCCAGGGAUACAGACUCAUCUACGCUCCAGCAGGCACUAACCAGCCCAUGGACUUCUUCGUGGGCGACGUGACCUCGUACACGCUGCACAACCUGCUGCCUGGAACCACCUACGAUCUGAAAGUGGUGGCUCAGUACGUCGGCGGCAUGAGUGGACCGCUGCCCGGGCAGGGAACGACACUGUACCUGAACGUGACCAACAUUGAGACCUACGACGCCGACCACGACAAGUUCUGCAUCAAGUGGACUUCUCACCGGGCGGCCACGUCGUACCGGAUCAAGCUCCGGCCCGUGGACCCUUCCAGUAAAGGACAGCAUGAGAUCACCAUCCCCGCCGGUCUUCCUCAGUACUGCUUCGACGGACUUUCUCCAGACGCCCUGUACACCGCCACCGUGUUCGUUCAGACGCCCAACCUGGAGGGUCCGGGAGUCAGCGCCAAGGAGAGGACCCUGGUGAAGCCAACUCCGGUUCCAACACUCCCGCCGACCCCGACCCCCCCACCCACCGUCCCCCCAGCGUGGGCAAUUUGCAAAGGAGCCAAAGCCGACGUGGUGUUCCUCAUCGACGGCUCCUGGAGCAUCGGGGAGGAGAGCUUCACCAAAGUCAGGAGCUUCGUCUCCGGCAUGAUCGCCGCCUUCGAUGUGAUCGGCCCCUCUGGGAUGCAGGUGUCGUUCGUGCAGUACAGCGACGAAGCAAAGACCGAGUUCCGGCUGAACGCUUACCAAGACAAAGGCGUCGCCAUGUCUGCUUCUCAUCUCAUCCGCUACCGAGGAGGAAACACCAAGACAGGAGUGGCGCUGAAACACACCUAUGAGAAGGCCUUUUCUGUGGAGAACGGAAUGAGGAGGAACGUCCCCAAAGUGGUGGUCGUCAUCACCGACGGACGCUCUCAGGACGAGGUGAAGACGAAGGCGGCCAAGCUGCAGCACGCAGGUUACAGCGUCUUCGCCAUCGGUGUUGCCGACGUGGACUUCGUGGAGCUGCAGGAGAUCGGCAGCAAACCCAGCGACAGACACGUCUUCGUCGUGGACGACUUCGACGCUUUCGACACCAUCAAAGAAAACCUGAUCAACUUCAUCUGUGAGACCGCUACGUCCUCGUGUCCCCUGAUUUACCUGAAUGGAUUCACUUCACCUGGCUUCCGGAUGCUCGAGGCCUUCAACCUGACGGAGAAGACCUACGGUUACGUUAAAGGCGUCUCGAUGGAGGCGGGCUCCUUCAACAGCUUCACGGCCUACAGGCUCCACAAGGACGCCUUCCUCACUCAGCCAACAACAGAGAUCCAUCCCGACGGUCUUCCUCACUCCUUCACCAUCAUCAUGAUGAUCCGCCUGCUGGCCGACUCGCCCAGCGAGGCCUUCGACAUCUGGCAGGUGUCAAACAAAGACCACAAGCCAGAGACCGGCGUCACCCUGGACCCCUCCAGCCAGACGCUGUCCUUCUACAACAAAGACGUGCGCGGUGAGAUCCAGAGAGUCACGUUCGACAACGAUCGGGUGAAGAGGAUCUUCCACGGAAGCUUCCACAAGGUAAAAAAAACACACCAGCAAAGUGCUCACGGAGCAGGAGAGACGCUCAGAGUCCGUCUGUUUUCAGUGGAACGGAACGCAGCUGAGAGUCAAACGUGUCUUCAAUAACGCCUGAAUUCUAGAGAGAAGUUGUUGUUUUCUAAGUCGUGGUCGUGACCGCCAUCAAUCUGGUCGCUCCGCUUUGUUCUCUCUGGACGUCCCAGAGGUCGCACAGAUAUUGCGGGUGCCUGAGAUUCCAAAACGUGUCGUAAAUUAGAGUCUGAGCGCAACUACAGAC